UGGGAUUCUUCCUAAGACGUUUUUGUUGUUCCAAAUCACAAACCUCUGCUCAGCCGAAACUGCCCGACCGUAAAAAGUGCAUUUAACCAAACCCAAUAAGCGACCAAUUGACGAGCCAUGGCCGAGGAGGAGCUGCAAACCUACCGCCGCUGCGUUGGCCUGCAGCUGGAGGAGCUCGAGCUGUUGAGCUCCAUAUAUUGCGCGCCCGGAGAGCUGCAUAUGCUCGACGCCGGCGUGGUGGCUGAUUUCAAUGAGUUCCUGGAGGAAGAUAAGACCAAAGCUGCUAACAGCCUUCUUUCCCAUUUGGAGUAUGUGGUGAAGUUAACUCUACCGGGCAAACAGUGCGUGGAAGUCCGAGUUGAGCUGCCGCAUUUGUAUCCACUUUUGGAACAGGCACGCAUCAGUGUACACACUACGCUACUGGGAAAAGCAAAGGAGCAGCGUUUGAAGAAUGAUUUAGAGCAGUAUCAGAGUGAAAGGCGCGAAGAGGACGCCGAGCCGUACAUCUUCCAGCUGUUGAGCUGGCUGCAGGAGCACAUCGAGGAUCUGUUAAAACGACCAGCUUCCGAGUUUGAGGUGCUGCCAGUAGCAUCACAAGACCCGCAACAACCACCAGCUACGCAUCUUGAGCGAAUGUGGAUUUAUUCCCACCACAUUAAAUCCACCGCCAAACGGCAGGAGCUGAUUCGACAGGCCCGUCAGUUGGAACUCACAGGAUUCAGUAGACCCGGAAAACCUGGCAUCAUAUGCGUGGAAGGUGAUUCCGCGAAUGUUCACGAAUUCUGGCGCACAAUCAAGGCCCUUCGGUGGCAAAAGAUCUGCCUGGUGCGGAGUGAGCCUCGGCAGCGCAAGCGGGGAUUCGAGGAUUUUAGCGAACAGCUUUUCAAUGCCGAAGAGGGCGUCAUGAACAUGGGCCAGUUCAUUCGGUUCCUCGAAGCCCAUGGAUUUGGCUACAUGAAGUCUGAAUUGUUUGGUUUAGCCUGAGCGAAGUGCCCAGCCAAAUUUGAAAUGUAAAUAAAGUUUGUUAUAUCAUUACAAA